UCUCUCCCAGGGGCACUGCACCCAGGGGUGCCCAGGGGGGUCCUCAUGGAGGUGCCCUGGGUCGGUGUGAGCACGGCCCCCACACUGCCCCACAGGAGAGCUCUCACUUCAGCCCUGGUGCCCGCCGGUGUGCCGCGAGCUGCCUGGAGUCUGUUAUUUUUAAACUAUUAGGCACGACACAUAACAAAAGCUUUCAAAAUAGGAUUUGUCCUCAAGGCCGAUUUAACUGUUAGAGCUUAAAGCAGACCGUAAGCCCCUUUGGGGACUGGCGAGGAGCAGAUUUAGCACUCCUGGCACUGCCCUCGGCCCGUGCCUCUCCUGGCAGCUGGUGCAGGAUGAUGCCCCCAGGCCCUGCUCUCUGCUGUGGCCAUCCCAGCUCUGCUACCCGUCGGGAAAUAAAUUUCCAUAUUACGACAGUUUUGGGGCUUUGGACCUGUUCCUGUGUUUGCAGCAAUGGGAGUUUGGGGAGCGCGCUGUGCAUCAUCACUAGCAGCUCUCAGGGCUGCCGUUCCCAUCCAGGGGCAGCUCCCAGCCCCCCUCCCAGCCAUGGGCAGUCCUGGCCUUGCUCAGCCCUGUGUCUGGGGCAGCUGUGGGACCCCUUCUGUGGGCAGCAUGUGCCCAGAGUGGCCCUGGCACUUUGUGACAGGGAGCAGGAGGCAGCUGGUCCCAGUGCUGCGGGUGCAUGCUGCUCUUUUCUGCUGGAGAAGCUGGAGCCACAGCGCUGGGUUCUGGGCAUGGGGACAUGAGGUUUGGUGCAUCACCGGGUGCUGCCGCCGCUCACUGGGGCAGGAGGUUGGCAGCUUCUGCUCUCUGCUUUCUGUCCAAAAGCUGGGCGCUCACUGUCAGGGACUUGUCUUCCUGCAGGGGCCAUGGGGCAAGAGCAGUGGGGCAGGGUUUUGCGUGAGGUUGCAGGGCCCCAUGUGUGCACCCAGCACUAACCCCAGCUCUCUCCUGCAGAUGAGCAGUGCCCAGCAGAGGAGCAGGGGCUGCGUUGCCAGAAUCCCGACUGUACUGACAAGAGGAGGGCGGCUAAGGUAGGUCAUGGGGUGCCGGCAGUGCUGGCAGCUUGGGCUGUGCCAUCAGGAAGGCAGCAGGCAUGCUGUCUUGGUGCAGAUCUGGGCAGGUGGAGGCUCCCAUGGGCUCGCCCUGGCUCCCAAUGCCUCUGGUGCUGGCAGAACCGGUUGGUGCAGCUGGCUGGCAGGCAGCCAUGGGGCAGAAAGCCCUGUGCCGGUAGGAUGCGGCUAGGUAGCAGGGAAGGGCUGCAGCCACUUCCCACAUGGUGGGAGCUGCAUGUGGCACGCAUCCCUCGGCAGCAUCGCGGUCCCGCUGCCCGUGUGUGCCUGCAGGCUCGUGCGUGGCUGGGAUUUAACUGCGUGGCAGCAGCUUCCCUGUUUCCCCACCUGCCGUAAUUCAGGCUAAUCUCAUUGAGCCCGUCUGUCCUGUUCCUGGUGGGAGCAUCGCUCGGCAAGCCAGCACAGGCAGCGCGGCUGUGCCCAGGAGGGAGGGAACCUCUGCUGCAGCUCUGCUGCACACCGGGGCUUGGCAGCAGAGCUACACAGGGCCCCUCCAGGAGCGGCUGCGUUCAUACUUGCGUCCAUUGAGGCAUGUGGAGGGACGGGAGCGCCGUGAUCAGGCUGGGAAGUGCAGGGCUCUGGAAUUAAGCAGAGCCUGCGGCUGGAAGCGCCCCAUGCCACCUCUCCUAAUCUUGUUGAUCGCUAAUGUAAAGCCGGAGUGGAUUUAGGGCCCCUUAUCUCUGGCUGCUCGACCUGCUGGCUCGCUCCUGGCUGUCCUCGCUGCCGGUGCCGUGCUGCUGCUCUGCUCCUGGUAUGCCACCACGCCAAGUGCCAGCAGCUGAACCGCAGCAGCCCGCUCAGCCUGUGUGAGGCCUGCGACGGGCACCUGCACGACACCAUGCACUUCGAUGGGCACAUCCGCUUCGACCUGUCCCCACCAGGCUCUAUCCUGGCUCGCAACGUGUCCACACGCUCGUGCCCACCGCGCACCAGCCCUGCCUCCGACAUGGAGGAUGACGAUGAGGGACCGGCAGACGGGAGGGGGGACAGGAGAAGCUCGGCACUGAAGCUGCCCAAGAAGAAGGCUCGGCGCAGGCACACGGAUGACCCCAGCAAGGAGUGCUUCACCCUCAAAUUCGACCUGAAUGUUGAUAUCGAGGCAGAGAUCGUGCCAGCCAUGAAGAAGAAGUCCCUGGGGGACGUGCUGCUGCCGGUCUUUGAGAGGAGGGCUAUUGAGCACAGCAAGGUGGACAUCUACCUGGACCAGUCCAACACACCACUCUCCCUCCAGUUUGAGGCGUACCGCUUCGGGGGACACUACCUGCGGGUGAAAGCCAAGCCCGGGGAUGAGCUGAAGGUGGAGCAGGCGGCACGGGAUGCACGCUCAGCCAGCCUGCCCAUCCUGCGCCCCGCCAGCACCGCUGCACUCCUUGGGACAGGGCUGGAGCCAGGGCCGGGCCGCAGGGAGGGCACUGACAUCCUGGCUCCGGGCAGGCGGCGGAAGAACAUGACGGAGUUCCUGGGGGACGCCAGCAUCCCCAGCCCUGAGCCAUCCCUGCAUGGCAGUGGCUCUCUGCCCACCAAUGGCACCGACACCUGGAAGAACCGUGCUGCCAGCCGCUUCAGUGGCUUCUUCAGCUCCAGCACCAGCACUGGCCCCUUUGGGCGGCAGGAGGUGGACAAGAUGGAGCAGCUGGAAAGCAAGCUGCACACCUACAGCAGCUUUGGGCUGCCCAAACUACCACCGCAGCUCCGCUUCGACCAGGACUCCUGGGAGGAGGAUGGGGACGACAGCAGCCUGGUGCUAGAGGACAGCUGGCAGCAAAUCAUUGAGGGCACGGAGGCCCUGACGCGCCGGCAGUGCCACCAGCAGGAAGCCAUCUGGGAGCUGCUGCACACUGAGGCCACCUACAUCCGAAAGCUAAAGGUCAUCACUGAUCUCUUCCUCUGUUGCCUGCUGAACCUUCAGGAGUCAGGGCUGCUGUGUGAGGUGGAUGCUGAGCGUCUGUUUGGCAAUAUUGGGGAGAUCAUCCAGCUGCACCGCAGCCUGUGGAGCAGCGUCAUGGCCCCGGUGCUGGACAAGGCCCGCCGGACCAAGGUGCUGCUUGACCCCAUGGACUUCCUCAAGGGCUUCAAGACGUUUGGAACGCUCUUCAAGCCCUAUAUCCAGUACUGCAUGGAGGAGGAGGGCUGCAUGGAGUACAUGCGCAAUCUGCUGCGCGACAGCGAGCUCUUCCGUGCCUAUGUGACGUGGGCCGAGAAGCACAAGCAGUGCAGCCGCCUGAAGCUCAGCGACAUGCUGGUGAAGCCGCACCAGCGCCUCACCAAGUACCCACUGCUCCUCAAGUCCGUGCUGAAGAAGACAGACGAUGCGCGCACUCGUGAUGCCAUCCUCACCAUGAUCGGCUCUGUGGAGCACUUCAUCAACCACGUCAACUCGCGGAUGCGGCAGCGGCAGGAGCAGCAGCGCCUGGCCGCCAUCCUCAGCCGCAUCGAUGCCUAUGAGGUGGUGGAGGGCAGCACGGAUGAGGUGGACAAGCUGCUGAAGGAGUUUCUGCGGCUGGACCUGACGGCCCCCAUGCCCGGCACCUCCCCAGAUGACACCCGGCAGCUUCUGCUCGAAGGCAGCCUGAAGAUGCGGGAAGGUAAAGACAGCAAGAUGGACGUCUACUGCUUCCUCUUCACCGACCUCUUCCUCAUCACCAAGCCUGUCAAGAAGGCUGAGCGCACCAAGGUGAUCCGACAGCCCUUGCUGGUGGACAAAGUCAUCUGCCGGGAGCUGAAGGACCCGGGCUCCUUUCUCCUCAUCUACCUGAACGAGUUUGGCAGCGCUGUGGCUGCCUACACCUUCCAGGCCAGUGGGCAGUCGCUGUGCCGCAGCUGGGUCGAGGCACUGCACAAUGCACAGAACCUGCUGCAGCGGCUGCGGCUGCAGGAGCAGCAGCGUGGGCAGUGCCGGCGCCUGCAGGAGGAGGAGGAAGAUGAGGAGGAUGGUGAGAGCAGCACCUCGACCGCCAGCUCGCCCACGGUGCUGCGCCGCAGCAGCACCAGCCUGGACUCCCAGCAGUGCCCCUCGGACGGCUCCACCGACACCAUCUCAGUGGUGGUGGUGGACGGCGGCGAUGAGCUCUCCUCCCCAGACUCAGACGUGGGGCCGUUCGGUUCACCGUCAGACAGCACCUCUGUCAGCACUGGUACCUCUGUCAGCACCGCCACCGGCACCUCUGGCAGCACCCCAACCCACGAGCUGCCCUCUGGCAGCCUGCCCCUGCCCCCCAGUGCCACCGCGCAGCCUGGCAGCUUCUGCUCGGCGUCCAUCGACAGCGCCUACGGCACACUCUCACCCGCCUCACCACGGGACUUUCCCCGGCAGCAGGACGUAGGGGCUGAGGAGGAGCCAGAAGCCCUGGCCCCACAGCCCCCCUCACCCCGGCUGCGCCGUCAGACGCCCGUGCAGCUCCUGCCCUGCAAGGCCCGAGUGCUCAAGUCCAAGUCAGAGGCCAGCCUGCUUCAACUGCUGGCCGGACCCCCUACCCCACUCAACCAGAGCCGGAGCCUCUCUGACCUAUGCAUGGCCCCUCCUGCUCCCCCACUGCUCCAGCGGACUAGCCGUUCCCCAGAGCUCCUGGCCCCCGGUGCCAGCAGCAGCAGUAGUGGUGACUCCACUUCAGAGCUCUCAGAGCCGGAGGAGCCCAUGGAGCCCCGUGUACCCACCAUGGGCCAGCCCAGCCACAGCCCUCAGCCCCCUGCCCACCGCACGCUCUCAGACUCCUCCUCAGCGCAGCACCGCAAGCUGACGCUGGCACAGCUCUACCGAAUACGGACCACGCUGCUCCUCAACUCCACGCUGACGGCCUCGGAGGUCUGAGAGCUGCCGGGGCAGUGAGGAUGAGGAUGGACGUGCGGCUGCUCCAAGAGCUCUUCCUGCUUCUAACCGUAGCGUAACGUCGGGGCUGGGCAGAGCGGGCACCCACCAGCUUGUGCCAGGAUGUCACACGUGGGGGACACAGAGCAGUCCCAUCUGGGAGGAUGCAUCCCGGCAGGGCAGCACCAGGCUGCCCAUUGCUACCCAGGGGUGUCCGUGUGGGGCUGGACAUGGCGCACAGUGUGGUCAUGGGGCUGCGCCUGGGGAGGCCAUGGGCUCAGCAGCUCCAUGCGAGGAGGAGGGAUGGCGACGUCGGCAGCGGGGAGUGGGGAAGGUGUGAGAUGGCUGCGGGGUG